AAGCACGGUUACAAGUAUAGUAUAAGUUGCGUCAGCUUGACGUUAGUUACUUAGUUUUAUAUAUUAUAUCAUUCCUAUUCAAUAGAUUUAUGUAUUUUUGUCAAUAUACGCGUGUCGUGUGUUUUUUGUGAAAAGUGUGUGUGUGUGUGUGUGUUUGUUAAUUUAUAUUUGUUAUUUUGGAAUAUAAAUAAUUAUAGUUAAAACUAUUUUCUCAACAAUAAGGAAUAUUUUUUAAAAGAAAUUUAAAUUUACCGACAUCUUUUCAUUCAGUUUUAAAUAUAGAGUUGUAGGCCAAAAGUGCGGAUCAUUUAGGCUGUGGAAUUACAGAAGAAAUUCUUCAUAAGAGUUUUUCUUUAUAUAUCUAAUCAACUAAUAAUUGUCUCCUCGGCGAAAAAAAUUUUGACGAUUUUGAUUUAAGUAUAGUCAAAUAAUAUUAAAAAAAAAAAAACUCUAGUUAUUAUAUAAUUUAUAAAAAAUGGCUUACGACGACGUCAUUAUUUUAAUGGGUGAAUUUGGUCGCUAUCAACGAAAAAUAUACUUUUUAUUAUGUAUUCCGGCAAUUUUUUGCGCCAUUCACAAAAUGUCAGGAGUUUUUCUUGAAACUGCUCCUGAUUUCAGAUGUAUUUUGCCAGUGGAAAAUUUUACAAAUGCAACUUAUCAAUUGCCGGAUGGAUAUGUUGAUAUGCUAUUUCCAAAACAUGCAGCAACUAAUACAAAAAAAGAAAGACCCUCACAGUGUCGUUUCUAUUAUAAUCGAAAUUCAACAAAUGCAACGACUUUAGAGGAAUAUUAUUCAAUUCAUGCCAAUAGUACACGAAAAAAAGAAGAAAGAACAUGUGAAAAUUAUAUUUAUGACAAUAGCCGAUAUACAAGUACAGUUGCAUCAAAAUGGAACUUGGUAUGCGAUUCUUCAUGGUGGAUAUCAACGGGAGAUUCUGCCUUUAUGAUAGGAGUAAUGUUCGGCUCUAUGAUAUUUGGUUAUUUAUCCGAUAAAAUUGGACGUAAACCAACGUUUAUAAUUUGUUUACUUAUUCAAUUAGUCUCAGGUGUUAUAGUGGGUGUAGCACCAAAUUUUCCCACAUUUGUUGUAUUCAGAGCAAUUCUUGGUUCUACAACCAGUGGCGUUUUCAUUGUUGCUUAUGUAAUUGCUCUCGAAAUGGUCGGACCAAAGAAAAGAAUGUUUGCCGGUGUAGGUGUUAAUAUAUUUUUCACAGUUGGUUAUUUUACAACUGGACUUUUCGCUUACUUCAUCCGAGACUGGAGGACACUACAACUGUCUCUUGUACUUCCAAGUGUAUUAUUUUUAGCAUAUUAUUGGUUUAUUCCCGAAUCAUGUCGAUGGUUAUUGACCAAAGAUCGUAAAGAAGAAGCAAAAGCUUUAUUGCAAAAGGCAGCAAAAAUAAAUGGCAAGGAUAUUUCUGAUGAAACAAUGGAAAUGCUUUUAAUGCAAAAGGAAGCUGAUUCAACAGCAAAUAUAAAAACACCUUCUGUUCUUGAUCUCAUGCGAUAUCCAAAUUUAAGACGAAAAACUUUACUAUUGUGUUGCAAUUGGCUGAUAAAUAGUGGUACUUAUUAUGGUCUUUCUUGGGGAGCUGCAAAUCUCAGUGAUAAUGAAUUUGCAACUUAUUUUAUGUCAGCGGCUGUUGAAGUACCUGCUUAUAUUUUUCUUAUGUGUACCUUAAAUCGAUGGGGUAGGAAAGCCAUUCUAUGUGGUUCUAUGAUAACCGCAGGAUCAUUUUUACUACUUAUGAUAGCUGUACCUAUAGAUAUGAGCUGGUUGGCUAUUACAUUUUAUAUGCUUGCCAAAUUAUCAAUUACAGCAUCUUACGGUUGUAUUUAUAUUUUUACGACUGAACAAUUUCCAACAGUUGUUCGAAAUGUUGGUCUUGGUGUUUGUUCCACAUUCGCAAAACUCGGAGGUGUUUUUGCACCACAAAUUAAUGGACUUGGACAAAUUUGGUUUCCCUUUCCACGUGUUCUUUAUGGAACACUAGCAUUAUGUGCUGGAUUAUUAUCAUUAUUUUUGCCUGAAACACUCAAUGAAAGAUUACCGGAUUCUAUUGAAGAUGGGGAAAAUUUCGGAAGAAAAAUGAAAAACCUAUCUCUACAAACGUUGACACCUACAAAGAAAGGCAGUGGAAAAUUUACAAAUAAAGGAGAAGCAUAAUUAUAGAAAAGAAAAAAAAAAUUUUUUUUUUUGAUAAUUAUGCAAAAAUGUACUUAGAAAAUUCCUAUUAGAGAAAAAGAGUAUUAAUAUUGAAGUUCGAUAGUGUAAAAAGUAGUUAAUUCUUUUUCAAUCAGUAUUCGAAUAUAAUUAUUAUUAUUAUUGUUAUUUUUUUCACUCAAGUAUCGAUGAUACUUUUUAUCCAAAUAAUUUAGAUAGUUUCAAAUUAUAUUAAAUCACAAUUUUUUUUUUUAUAAAUUUUUAUUUAUAUUUACUAAUUAUAUGUGUGUAUAUAAAUAUAACAAAAAGACACUUGUUGUGCAAAAUAAACUUAUUAAACACUACAGUA